CAAAGGUGGUGCCAGCUGACGCCGCUGACAAUCUUCCUUACUGCCACAUCACACCCCAUUUACUGCCUCCUCAUACAUUGUUGGUAUCAUCGAACUCUCUCUUAUCUAAUCACUGAAUUACCAUACGCUACUGUAUCCAAGCAUGAAUUUUGCUGAGGUACUAAGAACAAAUGGAAGCCAGUUAGCGUGGUCUCCGGAUGGUCGUUUUUGUGCUGUACCUGUGACAGCAAGAUUAGAAAUUAGAGCCUUAUCUUCACUACAGACUUUAGUUACUUAUAACUGCACUGAUUUAAUCCAGGUAGUGGAAUGGGCGCCUGAUUCCUGCUAUGUGCUCACAGCCAACUAUAAGCGUUGUAUUGCUGAGAUAUGGUCUAUUGAAGACCCAGAUUGGAGAUGCAAGAUAGAUGAAGGAUCAGCUGGCCUUUUAAAAAUCUGCUGGGCUCCAGAUAGUCGGCAUGUCUUAACUACAGCCGAGUUCUGUUUACGAAUAACAGUAUGGUCUCUGGUUAACAAGUCAGUCUCACACAUAAAACACCCAAAAAACAUUGUGCAAGGAUUGCAGUUCAGUCCCGAGCAUGAUUAUUUGGUUGUGGCUGAGAGACGAGUGUGUAAAGACUUUCUCUCUCUUUUUGAAACAAAGUCAUGGCAGCUAGUCAAGCACUUUGAGGUAGGAACAAAAGAUCUAGCAGGUGUUCAGUGGUCCAGUGAUGGCUCAGUUCUUACCAUAUGGGAAUCUCCACUAGAGUAUAAAGUCCUUAUUUAUUCUCUUAGUGGGCAGUGUCUGGCGACCUAUUCUGCAUACCAAUGGUCACUUGGCAUAAAAGGAGUAGCUUGGUCUCCCUCUGGCCAGUUCCUAGCAAUUGGUAGUUAUGAUCAGAAGGUACGCUUGAUGAAUCACUUGACAUGGAGCAUCAUAGCAGAUUUUCCACACGAGUCAUCUAUAAAGUCUGAGUGCUGCAUAAUCUAUAAAGAGGUAGAGAAGCCUCUAACUGGCUAUCCAGCCACUUUAGCAUCAGUUCAAGGUCUUCCACUGGUACUUGAAACAACUUAUCAGGAAGAGGAAACCAGACCCGUCAGUCUUGCUUCCAUCACUGCAGAACCAGGAAAACAGGCUAUUCCACGCAUUGGCAUUGGAAGUCUUCUCUUCAGCAAAGAUAACCGCUACCUAGCAACGCGCAACGAUAACAUGCCAGCUGCCAUUUGGAUAUGGAGUAUACCAAAACUGACCCUCAAGGCUAUACUUGUACAUGUCAGUCCUGUAAAAGAAUUUGCCUGGGACCCACAACAACCUCGUCUUGCCAUUUGUACAGGGAGCAACCAUGUUUACUUCUGGUCUCCAUUUGGCUGCCUAACUGUUGCCAUUCCAGGAGCACCUACACUGCAGAUUAUAUCCCUUAGGUGGCACCCUUCAGGCUCUUCAUUAGCUCUGAUGGGACGUGACCAGUUCUCGGUGUGUUUUUUUGAUUCCCAGUUGAAGAUGAAGAAACCCCAUACUAACACAUAGCUACUUCUCCCCCCCCCCCCCGACAAGACAAUAGAAUAAUGAGGACUGGACAUACAUUUGUAGUUAGAGCCUGACAAUAUAUCAGCAUAUACUGUUCUUCCAUAUUGAUUAGCUUGAGCUGUUAUUCCAUUUAUCCAUAUGCCAUUAAUUAUAGUCAGCCUGACUAUCGAGAUGGUUCAAGACAUCUCUCAUUAGACUAGCUGUUAUAAAUGGAGAAUGUUACAUUUUUAUAUAUUUUUUCUUAGUCAAAAAAAAUUCACAAUACAGUACUGUGAGUCCUUGCCACUUAAAAAUCUUUCUGAUUAAAAUGUUUAAUCUUUUUAUUUUU